AUGCGCCACCCGGAGCUGUGCAAAGAGAUGAUGGUCGACAUGACGUCCACGCAUUGCGGCAUGGUCACCGCGGCGGACAUCAACCGCAUUCUAGAGGAUGCGACCAAGUAUGGAUUCACAGCGAAUGAGGUUAUGUCUCUUAUCAUCACGAACCACAAGCGCCGUGAUUUGUUCAAUGACCCCUCCCCACCUGCCACUACGGCUUCUGGGACCUCUGAAACUGCCAUGACGGCAGUUCGAGGUCCAGGAAGUGCCGCAACAAGACCCAUCCGGCAGAUGACUGCAGGAACUCGAAACCAACGUAACCCGGCACCAAGAGGUGUCGCUGCUGGAAACAAUGCAGGCUCGAACCCUGCGGACCGCUCUAAUAUAGGCGGCACGCCCCAACAACCCAAGCCCAGCAAGCCAGCCUUCGUCGCUACUGGUAUCCCGCAGCGUCCCAAAGAAAACGAUACCGAGCAGCGCAAGCCGACUACAGACGACAGGAACCCGGGUAUCGCUUCAGAGCCCGCGAACAAGAGGAAGAGGGUCUCAAGCUCCGCAGAGAAUCGACAGAGAGAUCCGCCUGACGCAGCAAACGAGCAGCGGUCACAAAGAGAGACCGGGAAUCCCAAAGACUGGGAAACACUCGAUGCGGCGAACUUGGUGUGGAACCACAUCAAGUCCAGCCUCGAGGCUCGUGACGCGUCGCCUGAUACACGUUUGCUCCGGACUAGACUGUUCGGCAUGCUUGUCUCCCACACGAAAGGGGCACGGUAUCUUUGGGAGUUCCUCCACCACCACGACUAG